AUGCUUCACAACAAAAUCCUGGAUAUGGUGGGCACAGAAGCAAAGGCGCUGUCGUCGGCGCAGUGCAUACUGCUGACAGUGCACUAUGCCAGCGAAGCCAACAUCCGCGCACUGCAUGCCUUCACGCCGCUGCGUCUCGACGUGCUGUCGCCCGAGCUGGUCUUGCGCAUCGUGCUGAGCUAUAUGCCAGAGACGGUCGACCCUACCCUGUACACGACCUAUGUUCGCGAGGUCGCCACACGCAUCUACUUGGAGCAGCAGGAACCCCUGGAGGUCGACACCGCACCCGUGACCUCUCUGUCAUCAGACCAGGCCCAAAGGCGCGUCAACAAGCUCUCCAUCGCAGACCUCAGUCCGCCAGCAUUCCCUCCUCAUGCGCCCAAUGACCUGUUGACUCGUUUCAUCGUUCACCGAGCAAACCGCAUCGACAACGAGACGGGCCUCCUCGCUCUGGUUCCACGCCUGGCAGAGCCCUUCCUCGACACCAAUGACUUCCUGCGUACUUGGUACGUCUCGGUUGUCCUGCCUCUGCUGCGUCUCCGCUACGACUACUACCCCGACAUCAAAGACCCACCAACUGUGUCCGCCUUUGAGAAACUAGACGGCCAGCAAGGUAUCGACCUCUUGCUUGACAAUGUAACCAACGUCGAACACGAGAUUACCUCGGCCACCGACUCGGAAGGUCUAGUCGCUAGAGAUACAAGAGCUAUGGUUGGCCCCUGGAUGUACGGCCAUACCGAACGCAAGAGACGUCGUCUUGACAACAAACAAGAUCCCAAACCCGCCGAACAAGACGUCGUCCGCUCUCCUCCACGCACUGCUUUUAUCAAACCCGAUGGCGUAUCAAAGGACGACAAGACGGGCCACGAUUGGGAAUACGUCUUCGAAUGGAUGGUCCACAAUGCUGUAACAAACUUUCCACUCGUCACCAAUCUCAUUGAAGAAUGGGACGGCCCCGGAGAUGUCGACCUAGGCGGCUUCCACAAUCCCCAGGACUAUCUCGAUGACGAUACCCAAUCCAAGCUCGAACGUCAGUAUGCACAGGCUGCCUUUGCUUCUUGCUACGCCGCCGUAGCCGAUAGCCCGGAGACUAUAGACGGCGCUCAUGGAAUUCUUGUCCGCCUGGCUCAACUGCUUGAUUUCGAGCCUCCUCCAGAACUCGCCACUAGUGUCAAACAGCUACCCAAGGUCGAUAAGCACGCCGAGCUAUUACAUGCUACCGACUCAACCAUAUACCUCGAACCGGAUGUCCUGUUGCGCCCCGAGCAUCCUCUGGCCACUCCCAAGCUCGAGACCUACAUGCUUUUACAGAUGAUGGUCUACUCCGCCUAUCAGCUCUCUGGUCUAGGCCACAGCAUCUCAAUACUCAACGUUGCAAAAUUGCGCUUCUUCUCCGACCAGGACGAACAACUAGCUCUCCUGCUCAAGAUUGUGCACGGUUUGGCUGCUCGAGGGAAACGCGAUGAGCAGCAAUGGCAGCAUGACUAUGACAAACUGCUUUGGCUGUGGAACUGGAACAUUGAACCCGAAGACCAAGGUCGCAAAGGUGCUGGCAUCUUUGGCCGAAUUGAAAAGACAGUCAUUGAACGCGAGUUGCUCAAGGUGCUCAUCUCGAGUGGAUGUAAGNNUUACUCACUCGUCGAUCGUCUAUACUUUUCUCCCUCCGACACUCGCCAGAUUGAGUCAGAUGAUAUGGAAAUGGUUAUACUCGAUCAGGCAAUGCAACUCUACGACAAUGCCAGCAACGGAAAUCGAACGAGGGGCAGCAUGAAGAAAGCCCAAGACUUUCGAUUCCCUCAAAGUGCCGAGUUCAAGAAAGCUCUGGCAUUGAUCGCUGCCACACACUCCAUGUCCUUCUACUCACUAACGUUGCAACACGGUGUUCCUUUCCAGCCCGUGAACAUCCGCGCUAGCUUGGAUCCUCUGUCGCUCCUUCCCAAGCUGCUCGAGCAGAAUGCCAAUAGCUAUACAAAACUUGAUGACCUUAUAGGAAUUGGUCGCAACCUAAUAGCAGCUGGUCUACCACUUCGCAAUGCCGAUGGCGAUCUCAUCGAUCGGAGUCUCGAAACGGACGACGACAAGCAGACCAAGCUUUCGGUCGCCGAGAAGAGGGUCAUCUACAUGUGCGUCGAAGCGUCACUCACGGUCGGCGACUUUGAGACUGCAUACUCGUAUGUCGUCAACAGACUGGCUCCACAAGACACCAUCCCAUCAUCAACGACAGAGGAGCAUUCAGGAGUGCAAGAGGACGAUGUAUCCUGGCGUGCAGCUUUCCUCGCCGGCCGCUACAGACCACAAUUGAACGCCCAACCCACCCUCCGCCGUCUAGAUCAACGCACCGAACUCCUGAGUUUAGCCCUCCUUCUNCGCCCCUCCAGCCCCCCCCUCUCCGAAGUCCUCAACAUAUGGCGCCGCUGCGAAGAAGAAACCAACGCCCUGCUCGCCGCCGAAACAGAAGCAGAAGAAGAGUUUGACGACCGCGCGGACAAGCGUAUCAGCGUGCCUGGCGGCUUCGCAGACGUAUCGACCGAGGGCAUGGUAUUUGGGCAGCCCCGCCGUGAAGUUGGCCGCUCGAAUGCAGAGGCCAGACGCGGCGCCGACGAAGAAGCACCCAUGGGUCUAUUCGAUGUGGCUCGGGGCGCGGCAAAGGCGUUCAGUAGGAAUGCAUUNCCCUUGCGUGGUGCUGGUGCAGCAGCAUCGCAACAACAGCAAUCCCAGGUGUAUGCACAACAGCCAGACUCGGCCGGUGAGGCAGUGCAUGAAGGCAUGGACGAUGCUGGCAGAGUGCGCAGGCGAGACAUGAUUGCCAACACCGUGACCGGUGGUCUGGCGUCUGGAAUUGGAUGGAUGUUGGGUGCCACGCCGGUGGACAGGAGUGCAGAGGAUCGGCGAUGA